CUCCCCACCCACCGCGGCAGCAGCAGGUGCUUGUUGCUGGAGUUGCCUCUAGUUGCUGGUCUCAACACCGAGGUCGGAAGGGCAAGUUCCGAGACAUGCUUGAGGAGAUUUUUUGAGAAUGGGGCAAGCAGAGGAAUGAUUUGGGGUGUCUCACAGUUAUCUCACAGUUUACUCCACUGUGGGUGCAGUCACGUCGAUGUAAUGGGAGCAUUGGGACCGGGCUCCACGAGUCUAUUCCAUCACGAGGAAAGUCGGAGUGGGGCGACUGAUUCCACGCCGAUGCCUGGGUUGGUACGAUCGCCCGCCAUUCGAGACAAGGCACUGCUCUGGCACCUUACGGUCGCCAUCCCCCUUCGCUGUGUUUGUGUGUGAGAGAGAGAGAGAGAGAGAGAGAGUGUGGGUUUGGGUUGCUCUUCGUUGUGCUUCUGGCCUGGGGAACUACUUGGCGGUUGACUGAAACAGAGAACGAUAGAUUUGGAGCAAACAGGACGGGGUUAGAGCGCAUGGUCGCAUAAGUGGAGACCUAAUCCUUUCAAUCUUGAAAAGGAUUUAAUCUCCGACAGGGCAACAUGGGGAAAGGAGGUAGAGCAUUAGAGGUAGUGGAGAGGGUAAGCAAAGUGGAGAGAGCGCCGUCCAGCAAACCACCCUUCACACUCGGUGACUUGAAGAGGGCUAUCCCUCCCCGCUGUUUCAAGAGAUCAAUCCCGAGGUCAUUCUCAUAUUUGAUCUUAGACCUUGCCAACAUCAGCCUCGCCGUUUACUCCACCAAAUUCUUCGUCUACGAUGGGCUGCUGAAUUGGACCAUGUGGACGGCCUACUGGGUAGUCACGGGCUGUGUCGCAACCGGCGUCUGGGUCAUCGCUCACGAGUGUGGCCACCACGCAUUCAGCGACUACCAGUGGCUGGACGACACCGUAGGGCUUGUUUUCCACUCGCUCCUCCUGGUGCCAUACUUCUCGUGGAAAUACUCCCACCGCAGGCACCACUCCAACACCGGAAGUGUGGAGAAAGACGAGGUCUUUGUGCCCAAGGUGAAGGAGGAGUUCGGCGGGAUCGGCAGAUACCUCCAACACCCUCCCGGCAGACUGAUCCAGAUCAUCGUCACGCUCACCAUGGGGUGGCCAUUGUACCUGAUCUGGAACGUCUCCGGGAGGAAGUACGACCGCCCAGCCUCCCACUUCAACACACACAGCCCCAUCUUUGCAGACAGGGAGCGCUUCUUCGUCUUCAUCAGCGACCUCGCCCUCCUCGCAGUCGCAAGCCUUCUCUACAAGCUCUACUCCGCCAUGGGGCUGGCGUACCUGGUCAACAUGUACGCCAUCCCUCUGCUCAUCGUCAACGGCUUCCUGGUCCUCAUCACUUACCUGCAACACACGCACGCAUCUCUCCCGCACUACGACUCCCGUGAGUGGGACUGGCUCCGAGGGGCGCUCGCCACCAUGGACCGAGACUACGGCAUCCUCAACCAUGUCAUGCACCGCAUCACCGACACUCACGUUGCGCACCAUCUCUUCUCCACCAUGCCGCACUACCAUGCCGCCGAGGCCACCAAGGCCAUCAAGCCCAUUCUCGGCAACUACUACCAUAUGGACAAAACUCCUGUGCCCCUUGCACUGUGGCGAGAGUUUCGAGAGUGUGUGUAUGUAGAAUCUGAGAACCAGGACGGCGUUCUCUGGUACAACAACCAGGUGCAGUGACCGAACCUUUUCACCGACACUUCAUUUGUCGGUACCUAGGUCAACCCUGAAGCUUCAAAGAAGCUUCUCCAUUUCACCGCUUGUCGGUAAGCUGGGUCGAUGCUUCCGAAGCUACUUCUGCCUUUGAAGAUAAUAGACAUAGAAUGUAAUUUUUGAUCCACCUUUGGAUUUAUUGAUGCGAGUGAGGAGCAAAUGAGCUUUGUCUCGACUUUUGAAAGAUUCGGACAGUUUUGACUUCAGAAUUCAUCUAUACAACCUCAAUUAAUGUCAAUAUUGACAGUGGAGACUGGAAUCCAAGUCUGGUUCUGAAAUUUAGUAAGAAAGAAAGAGGGUACUAUAGGGCGUUUGUUUAGGUUAACUCGCCGGUUCCACAAAAUAUUUUUUCUAAUUGUUUUCAAUAUUAAUGUUUGGUUUUUUAAAAAAUU